UCGCCGGAAGAUAGUUUGACGGGCAAUGAGGCCGCACUAACAUUUAACAAGCGGAUAACGUUCUGUUCGGACAUGUACAAGGAUGCCGUGCGGGCUCUUCAAUAUCCCGAAGAGGAGAGUCUGAAGGCCCGAGCGGCGGAGGCGGAGCGGCGGCGGAAGCAGCAGGCCGAAGAGCGUACACGCGCGGAAGCAGAAGAGGGUUAUGACGAUGAUGAGUUUUAG